AUGCCGCCCCUCCACCGCCCCGCCUACGGUGGCAAAUUAAAAGCCCUGGCCAGUGUCAGGAGACCCGGGAUCCCAAUUCUGGUUUCUCCAAACUUUAAAACCUUGGGAACUCAACGGAAUUCUCCGUUGAUGAAUCCAUUCGAACCGAAUCAAAAUGACGGCAGUGGUGCCGUGACCCUGCAGAGGCGUGCAGGUUUUAAGGAGGCGCUCCGUCCUCCAUACCGAGCCCGAAACUUCCUUCGAAACGCACGCUGUCAAAGCAUCGUAGCUUCCCGCAGCAGCGCCCGUCCCGCCAUCAUCCGCAGCCGCAGUGCCGGAUGGCGCAGCACAGAAACCUGCGGCGGAGGACGGGCGAGCAGCCACCAACCCCCGGCGCCCGCCGCGGCCAGAAACGCCUACACCGCCGGCGAGGCCGAGGCGGCGAUCGCCUCCAGGUCGGACCCCAGGGACGAGAAGCUGGCCCUGUACCUGGCGGAGGUGGAGAGGCAGGACAAGUACCUGCGGCAGAGGAAUAAGUACCGGUUCCACAUCAUUCCCGACGGCAACUGCCUGUACCGGGCGGUCAGCAAGACGGUGUACGGGGACCAGAGCCUGCACCGAGAGCUGAGGGAACAGACGGUGCACUACAUCGCCGAUCACCUCGACCACUUUAGCCCCCUGAUUGAGGGCGACGUGGGGGAGUUCAUCAUCGCCGCCGCCCAAGACGGGGCGUGGGCCGGCUACCCGGAAUUGCUGGCCAUGGGGCAGAUGCUGAAUGUGAACAUACAUUUAACUACUGGAGGGAGGUUGGAGAGCCCCACGGUGUCCACCAUGAUUCACUACUUGGGCCCCGAGGAUUCCCUGAGGCCUAGUAUUUGGCUCAGUUGGCUCAGUAAUGGACAUUAUGAUGCGGUGUUCGAUCACUCCUAUCCCAACCCGGAGUAUGACACCUGGUGCAAACAGACUCAAGUGCAAAGAAAACGCGACGAGGAACUUGCCAAAUCCAUGGCCAUAUCCCUGUCCAAAAUGUACAUCGAACAAAAUGCAUGCUCUUGAAGUGUCUGGAAGCCCGCAGCCCGGGAGAAAUGCAGACGUAAUUUGUGUUGGGAGGAUUAUGAACUCUAAUCAGGGUAACAGCACUUUUAAACUUCCCAGUAGAUUUGCUGUAGGUGUAAUGCCUUAAUCCUUUGGUUGAAUGUUUCCUCCUCUGAGCUGAAGGUCGCUGGGCACCUAAGUGAUGUUUCCUGCCGGCUUCCGGUGGGCCUCCUGCUGUUCAUAAUUUGCUGUAUAAAGUUGCCACUCCUUAGUUCGCGAGCUAGUUUCUCACGGUGUAAAUGUGUUUAUUCCUGGUGAUCUGUUUUCUAUACAGAUGUAUUUUUGCACAACAUUUUUAAAAAUCGGCGUACCUUCGUCCACGACGUGCGGCCCACUUUCACAGCUUUUCCAGCGUAAACCCAGAGAAGUGCUUUAUAUGAAGUUUAUUACUCUGAACAGUUUGUGAUUUAGUAGUUCCUUUAGGCUGUUCAACUUUGAAUUUUAUGAUUCUUAGGUAAUUCUUGCAACUGGAUAUUGAUGCAUUUGGGUUAGCAGAGGAUUGGCCCAUUCCACUUAAUGACAAACAGAUUUGUUGUUCCAGAAAUCAUUAUUUUUCUAGAAAUGGUAAACCUUUCAAAGAGAAAAACUUAAGGGAAGGUUGUGGGAAUUCUCUUGAAGGGAUAGGACCAGCUCUUACUUGAAUGAAAGUCUGAGAUUUGCUGAUAGCACAGUGACAAUUCUUGUGUACCUGGAUUGGUGUUUAGAUCGUCUGGUGCUCUGAACUGUUUUUAUUUAUAUUUAUCAUUUUGGUGUAAAAGCAUUUUAACUUUGUGACAGCUAAGGUGAGCCUCCUGCUUUGUAUAGCUUCUGGGAUUCAUUCAGCUAAGAGCUCUGAAAAAAUGCCUUGAAUCAACCAUUGCAGUGGUUUUUUGGCAAGAGAAUACCGUCUUAAUAGUUUAUUCCUUUUAAAUUCUCUCCAAAAGCAAAAUAGGACUACCUGGGAUUAUGUACAAAUAAAACCGCCUGUAAACAGAUCUUGUAUGGUUUGCUGGGUCAAACAAAUGUUCCCCAACCUGAAAUCUAUCUUAUUUCCACUUUAACUACUUUCAAUCAUAUUUAUUAUGUACUGCAGUUUGUACUUUUUUAUUUUGUAACAUUUUGUGAUUUUUUUGUACAAUGCUGUAUUUGUACAAUAGAGCGACUCUCAGCCGAUGGAAUGAAUGAAUAAAACGUGUAAUUUUACUUUU